CUCGUUUACAAUUCAAGCUGCCGCAGCUUUUGACUAGCACUGGUGUUGUGGUCUUGAUUUGGAGAGAGGAGGAAGAUGACAGCCAGAAAGUCUGGGUCACGACUAGAGACAGAAAUAGAGAGAUGUCGUUCAGAAGGACAAUGGGACAAGAUACCGGAACUUGUGCGACAGCUGUCUGCUAAACUAAUCUCAAACGAUGACCUGGGGGAGCUCUUGCUCGGGGAGUCCAAGCUCCAGCAGUUCCUCAAAGAGAACCCCAUCAAGCAGGACGCCAGUCCCCGUGGCAACCGGCCCCGUCUGGUGGAGGUCCGCAAGCACCUGACGGCCGCGCUGGACCGGGGAAACCUCAAGCAUGACUAUCUUCAGGAGGCCAGUCUCCUGAUGGCUAAGCUGUGUUACGUGGAGGGCGACUACAGAGAGGCCCUUAACCAGUACGGCCGGGUCACCAUGGACGACUUGCAGCUUGUUGGAGCACCAGUGUACCGCCUGUCCAUGAUCGCAGAAGCCUAUGCCACGAAAGGCCUGUGUCUAGAGAAGGUUCCUCCAGGUUCUCCAUCGCUGACAAAUAAGCCGUUGGACAAAGAUCAGGAGAUCAUCACGUGCUACGAGAAGUCCGGCGACAGCCUGCUCUACCUUCAAGAAGUAGAGAAGGCGCUGAGUGCGGGGAUGCAGAACCGAAGUCCAAAGCCAGGCCCAGUGGCUCAGGAGCAGGAGCUGGGUUACUUCCUGGAGACGGGCCUGCAGAGAGCACAUGUCAUCCACUUCAAAAAUGGCAACCUCACCCGGGGUGUGGGCCGCUUCAGGGAGAUUCUGCGGGCUGUGGAGACCAGGACCACCCAGAACCUACGAAUGACCAUAGCACGUCAGCUGGCUGAGAUCCUGCUGAGGGGCAUGUGUGACCAGAGCUACUGGAGCCCGCUGGAGGACCCCCCCCACCAGUCCCCCCUGGACGACCCCCUCAAGACCACCUCACACACCAAGGACUACGCCCUCAGCCGCCGGCCGCGCAUCUACUCUGGAGACAACCUCUUCUGCCCCUCGGAGAACACAGAGGAGGCAUUGCUGCUGUUGUUGAUCAGUGAGUCUAUGGCGAACAGGGAUGCGGUGCUCAGCCGGAUCCCGGAGCACAACAACGACCGCAUCAUCAGCCUGCAGAGCGCCUCUGUGGUGUACGACCUUCUCACCAUCGCCCUUGGCCGGCGCGGGCAGUACGAGAUGCUCUCUGAGGCAGCCCUUCUCUUUACCAAGGUGAAGCUGGAGGCUCUGUGCCGGGGUCCAGAGGACGCGCUGCUCACCUGCAAACACAUGCUGCAGAUCUGGAAGUCCUGCUACAACCUCACCAACCCCAGUGACUCAGGUCGGGGUAGCAGUCUGUUGGAUCGCGCCAUAGCAGACCGCAGGCAGAUGAACGCCAUGACUCUCCCUGACUUCAGUGACCCAGACACAGAUGCCUACAUGCAUGGUUUUAACACCGUUAUAUCAGGUUGUUCGGUGCACGCCACCUCUAUCGCGGCGUCACGGGUGGAGCAGGCGCUGUCGGAGAUCGCCUCCUCCCUCCAGAGCAGCGCGCCCAAGCAGGGGCCCCUGCACCCCUGGAUGACACUGGCCCAGAUUUGGCUUCACGCCGCGGAGGUGUACGUUGGCAUGGGGAAGCCGGCGGAGGGCACGGCCUGCACCCAGGAGGCUGCCAACCUGUUCCCCACCUCGCACCACGUGCUCUUCAUGAAGGGCCAGGUGGCCGAGCUGCGGGGCAGCGUGGAGGAGGCCAAGCGCUGGUACGAGGAGGCGCUCUCCAUCAGCCCCACCCACGUCAAGACCAUGCAGAGGCUGGGUGUGAUCCUGCACCAGCUGCAGCGCUACAGCCUGGCGGAGAAGGUCCUGCGCGACGCGGUGCAGGUGAGCAGCACGGCCCACGAGGUGUGGAAGAGCCUGGGCGAGGUGCUGCAGGCGCAGGGGAACGCAUCCGCCGCCACCGAGUGCUUCCUCGCCGCCCUGGAGCUGGAGGCCAGCAGCCCCGUGCUGCCCUUCACCAUCAUCCCACGCUCACUCUGACACACACACACACACACACACGCUCUCUGACACACACACCCACACGUGCACAUACACACACACACACACACAC